AACUGGAGUAUCCGUAGCAUCGUUAACGGCAAGUCUUGAUAUGCUGUUGUCGCGUUUUGCUGUCAUAUGCAGAUUGCAGAAGAAUGAAAAAUUGAAAAAGAAAUCGGUCGAGAAUAUUCUUGAGCUGAAGGAUAUGGUAAAAACUUUGCUGAAAGCUUUUUACUCUCACACAAAAGGACAAAAGCCUGAGAAAAUAAUUUUUUUCAGAGAUGGCGUUAGUGAUACCCAGUUUCAAGACAUUAAGAAAAAAGAAGUAAAUGCUAUUCGAGAAGCUUGCGUCGAAAUACAAGAGGGGUAUCAACCAGCGAUUACGUUCAUCACAGUUCAAAAACGACAUCAUGUCCGUUUCAGGCCAGAAGAUUUCAAUGAUGGAGUCGGAAGGGAAGGAAAUGUACCACCUGGAACUGUUGUGGAUACUGGCAUUGUCCAUCCAGUGCAUUCUGACUUUUUCCUUUGCAGUCAUCAAGGAUUGAAAGGUACCAGCAAACCAGCCCAUUACACAGUGCUAGAAGAUGACAAUAAAUUCACAGCAGAUGAUCUUCAAAAGCUGACUUAUUGUUCGUGCAAUAUUUCUUUUCGUUGCUCCAAAACUUUAUCAAUUCCGGUGCCCGUUCAUUACGCAGAUUUGGCAGCUUAUAGAACCCGGUCACGAUUAUCAACAUUGUCUGAAGAUUUAAAAAAAAGGCAAGCAAAAAGUGGAAAAAUUCUGAAGGAAUUUUUGGAUGCAACUGAGCUCUCAGGCUCAAUAAAAAAUUCGAUGUAUUUCGUGUGAAAAUAAUCGAAGAAAUUAAAUAUUAAUAUCUAUUUUUGUAAUAAGUUAUGUGAUAUGUGUAAACACUCUUUGUGUAUAAUUUACUUUUUGUAAUUUAUUUUUAUGCAAAAUUCAUACACAGUAUUUUUUUAUUAUUUUUGGUGCAUAAUUUAUGCGUUGAAAUUUGUUUU